AAUGAUUUAAUUUUUAAAUCUGUUUUAGUAAGGAAAUUCAAAUAUUAUAAGUAGCCGUCCACCUCUUAAAAUGCAGCAAGAAGGGACUCCAAAAUUUUUAAAAUUCCAUCAGGGAAGUGUUCGUGGAGUUGCUUUUAGUCCGAGAGAUCGAUAUCUAUUUUGUUCUGGAGCUUAUGAUGGCAAAGUAAAUCUUUAUUCAGCUCAACGAAUGGAACUGCUAAUGUGUUAUCAGAUUACAACUAUGGGAUUAGCAAGAAAUGUAAAUGCUGUUCGUUUUACCAGUGAUGGUUCCAGAGUAA